UUACUCUAUUGUGAAUAAAAAGCAAGCAACACGGACAGCUGUUUUUCAAAUUUUCAAUACACAAAACAAGAAUAGAGUAGCCACAGUGAUGUAGCGUCGAAAUAGUCAGUAUGGCUAUGAGGAAGCGACGCUCCGGAUGGACACUCCAGGACGAGACUGAGCUGCUGGAGAAGUGGGAGGAGCGUUUCCACGACCUCCGAAAAGCCAAAAGGAAUGCCCAUAUAUAUCAAGAAAUUGCAAUGGAAAUGGGAGGAAGAUACACUGCGGAGGAGGUUCACUGCAAAGUGAAAAAUUUAACAAAAAAAUACAGAGAGGAGAAAAGUAAAAUUGACCCAUUUGGAGGUAGUCCCUCUGUAUGGAAACAUUACCAGGCUAUACAUCGCAUCAUGGGGUCCACUGCCGUCAAUUCGGCAUUGUAUGUGAAGACUGGUUCUUUGAUGUCUAUCAGGAAGCAACGCUCCGAAUGGACACUCCCGGACGAGAUUGAGCUGCUGGAGAAGUGGGAGGAGCGUGCCCACGACCUCCGAAAGGCGAAAAGGAAUGCCCAUAUAUAUCAAGAAAUUUCUGUGGAAAUGGGAAGAAGAUACACUGCGGAAGAGGUUCAUUGCAAAGUGAAAAAUUUAACAAAGAAAUACAGAGAGGAGAAAAGUAAAAUUGAUCCCUCUGGCGGUAGUCCCUCUGAAUGGAAACAUUAUCAGGCAGUACACCGCAUCAUAGGGUCAACUGCCGUCAAUUCGGCACUGUAUGUUAAGACUGAUUCUUUGAAUUCACCAUCACCAACAUCAUCGAUGCCAUCGCUGUCCUCUCCGCUUCCGUCUCCUCAGCUGCCAUCGCCAUCAUUUCAGCUGUCAUCGCCAUCACCGUCAUCAUCAUCGGCACCAAUGCAGUCACCAACUGCAAGAAAGCGGAAUUAUGACGGUGAGAUGGUGAAAUUAAUAAAGCAGCAAACACAAAUACUAAAAACAAUUGCGGAAGAAUCAAAACUUGUCAAUCAGGAGAUGGUAGGGGCGAUUCUGGAGCAGAACCGAAUAACGGAAAAGUUGUUGAUAUUAAUGGAAAAGAUAACAGAAAAACUUGUAUAAAAAGUUUUUUUCUAAUUUAAAAUAUAUAUGAAUUUUACAGUAAUAAUGUUUGUAAUUAAGUAUGCUAAUAUUUUAGAUGAUAAGGUAAUGUUAUAAAUGUAAGUAAGUAUUAAGGGCAUUUAUACUCACGAAAACUCAAACUGCAUUUCUACUAGCCGAUGCUGAUACAUCAUUUUCCCCAGCUCUUGUAGUGUAGCGUAGUUGAUAUUCUUGCAUCUUGGAUCCACAAAGAAUGAAUUUCAUCAUUUUCCAUUUUUAAAAAAUUGUGCAAAAUACGGCACGCAUGUACAAUAACGUUGACAUAUUUUGGAGCUACUGGUAAACCUCUGUCAUUUUUUCGAAAUCGGGCUUUAAGUUAGCCGAAAGCAUUUUCUAUAACUCUGCGACAUUUAGACAAACGAUAUGGAAAUGGCUUCAUCAAUAUCUUCAAUGAUUCUGCUGCUCUGAGAAAAAAUUUCAUCGCUUUCAUGAUAUUUCUUUAGUGAACUAUUUUCACAAAUGUAGGAGUCAUUAUUCUUACAAGUCGAUCCAACAUACAUAUAUAUAAGUAAAUUUUAAAAUGGCAAAAA